AUGUCUUACUUUGGUCUUGGAUCUAGGCAAAAUUCCUCCUGCUGCAGUGGUGGUGCAUCUAUAAAAAUACCUAGUGGUGGAGUGUGUUGCUUGGGUGGAGGUUCUGGAGUGGUAAUGUAUGGGUCUGGGGGAGGCUGGGGUGCUGGUUCUGGAUGGUGUGGCAUUGGAAGUGGCGCAGGUGGGUCCUUUUAUAACUUCGGUUAUGGUGCUGUUGGUGCUACAGGCGGAGAUGGUGGACUUCUCUCAGGUAGUGAAAAGGAAACCUUGCAGAACCUUAAUGACCGUUUGGCCUCCUACCUGGGCAAAGUAAAUGCUCUGGAAGAGGCAAAUACAGAGCUUGAACACAAAAUCAAGGACUGGUAUGAGAAAUUUGGACCACAUACUGAUGGAGGACCUCGCAACUACAGUAAAUACUAUGCUAUUAUUGAAAACCUUGGAAAUCAAAUCGUUGCUGCAACUGUUGACAAUGCCAGGAUCAUUCUGCAAAUUGACAAUGCCAGGCUGGCUGCUGAUGACUUCAGAGUGAAGUAA